UCAUGGGUGAACUAAACAAAUUUCACAGAUUUCACUUCACCUUAAGUUUUCUCCAUUAUAUAUUGACACACCAUCGUCCACUUCUCUCCAUCCUCAGUCUCUAGCUAGUUACAAUCCCAUCAACCAUGGAAGGUGAUAGCGAAGCUGUUCGAGUAGCAAUCUUACCAGCACCCGGCAUGGGCCACUUAAUUCCCCUCGGCGAGCUCGCCAAGCUGCUCGUCACCCACCACUCCAUCUCCGUCACCUUCAUCACCUUCGCCGAGUCUGCUUCCAAAGCUCAGAAGGCCUUCCUCGAUGCCCUCCCUUCAACAAUCACCUCCCUCCAGCUCCCUCCCGUUUCUCUCACCGACCUCCCUUCCGACACCCAUGUCGAGACUCGCAUGUCCAUCGCCACCGACCGUUCCCUUCCCGCCGUCCGCAACAUCCUCCGUAACCUACAACAAAGCACUCGUCUUAUAGCCUUCAUCGUCGACCUUUUCGCCACCGAUACGUUCACUGUUUCCAAAGAACUUGGCAUACCUUCCUUCUUGUUCUACACUUCCAACUUGUUUUCCCUUUCCCUAAUUCUCCACUUGCCAGAGUUGGAUGCUUCCACGACGUGCGAGUACCGGGACCUGCCGGAACCGCUGCAGCUUCCAGGUUGCGUGCCUGUGCUCGGUUCCGAUCUGCUUCAUCCUUUGCGAGACCGGUCCAACGACAGUUACAAGUGGAUGGUCCACCAUGGCAAGCGUUACCGAGACGCAGACGCAAUUCUCGUCAAUACCUUCAAAGACAUCGAGCCAGAAACGGCCAAGAUCAUUAACGAAGAAGACAACAAGUUGCCGCCGGUUUAUUUAAUCGGUCCACUAAUCCAGUCCUGCUCACCAGACAUCGAACUAGCCAACUGCUUAUCUUGGCUGGACAAACAACCAAAAGAGUCAGUGCUGUACGUGUCGUUCGGCAGCGGUGGCACGCUGACAUGCGCCCAGAUGAAAGAAUUGGCCUGCGGGUUAGAGAUGAGCGGGCAGAGAUUCUUGUGGGUGGUUCGGAGUCCGUCCGACACUGAAUGCGAUGCCAACUACUUCGAUUCGACGAGCGUCGACGACCCGGUUGCGUUUUUGCCAGAAGGGUUCGUGGAGAGAACUAAGGAGGUGGGUUUAUUGGUGCCGUCGUGGGCGCCGCAGUUGCAGGUGUUAGCGCACAGAGCGACGGGUGGGUUCUUGUCCCACUGCGGGUGGAACUCGACGCUGGAGAGUGUGAUGCAUGGCGUGCCCAUGAUCGCAUGGCCCUUGUAUGCGGAGCAGAGAAUGAAUGCUGUGAUGCUGACGGAAGGGGUGAAGGUGGCAUUGAGGCCGGGUGCGGCGGCGGAUGGGAUUUAUAAGAGUGAGGAGAUAGCAAAGGUUGUGAAGGCGUUGAUGGAAGGGGAGGAAGGGAAGGAGGUGAGAGAGAAGACGAAGGAGCUUCAAGAAGGUGGAACUAGAGCACUAAUGGAAGACGGGGAGUCUUGCAAAGUCAUCACAGAAUUGACCAAUAGGUUGAGGUCCACCAUCACUUGAUGUUCUUGAUAUAUGGAGGUCUCAUGCGAGCUUAUCUAAAAUCUAAGAUAACUUUUUCCUUUAUCCAUUAUUUAUGUAACAUUUAAAAAGCUCGUCCAUGUUAUUUAAUAAAUUAUAAUUGAUCUA